CUGCUGUUUUUUGUGAUGAUUCUUGAUUGCGAGAACAAAACUUGACGUGUUUUUUCUUCUUCAUACCAUGUCUUCAAAAUCGUCCUCAAAAAAUGCUAAAAAGAGAAAAACGGGUACUCCAGACCCUAAUCAACACAGACUCGAUCGUUUCUUAUCUUCGCAAACAAGUCAACCUAAAGACGAUCCUAUGCAACUUGAUUCACAACCAACUUUAAACAAAUCACAAGGCUCACAAAUCAAUUCACAACUAGGCACAUUUAGACAACAAUCACUCUUACCAACUAUUAUCAUUCAUAACUUGAACCCCUCCCGACCCAAAGAGCUACCUGCCGAGUAUCUAAGAAACAGCUGGGAAGUUCAAAAGUCACUCAUACUGGCUAUUUUUUCGAAACAUGAUGCAACGCACUUGAAUUAUGUAACAGUGUCAAAGAUGUCCGAAAAUUUAUGUCGAUUUGGUAAAGCAGAAACUGUUUAUCAAGGGCUCAGUGCCGAGAUUGAAAACCAUGUCAAAACCAUGAAGAAAGAGUUGCUCUCAGUUCCUUUAACUCAAGCAUUACUCUCCAGGUUGAAUUUAAGCUGGAAGACAUAUUGUUCUCAACUGUCCAUCCUCAAGAAUGUGUUUAUGGAACUAGAUCGAUGUUAUGUUUUACCCAACACCAAAUUUUCUUCCAUUGUUCAGUUAGGAAAGCGUAUCUUUAGUGACACGAUUCUAGAUGUAGCUGAAUUUCGUAAUGUUGUUGUUGCUGAAGUAUUGAAGCUUAUCAAGGAUGAUAGAGACAAUAAGCCUGUCGAUAUCAAACUGUUAAAAGAUAUACUGCACAUGCUACUAGACUUAUCAUUCUAUACAAGCGAUUUUGAGCCCAAAUUCUUAAAAAACACCAACCAAUACUACAAAGAUGAAUCAGAUAAGCUUGUUCAGACAUUGUCUGUCCCUGAAUACAUUCAGCAUGUCUCCAAAAGAUGUAAAGAAGAAUCAGAAACAAGAAUCACCAACUACCUUGAUGCACACACAAGACAAGCCUUGACUUUAGCUGUUACUAAUCAAUUGGUUUAUAGCAAGGCAAGCCUACUCAUUAAAAAAGGAUUUAAGGAAAUGAUGGACAAUAACCGAUACGAACCACUUAAGACGUUUUAUGGCUUAUUGGAACAAAGCCCAAGUAUAAGUAUCCUUCGUCAUGCAUUUGGCGAAUACAUCAAGGAACAAGGUGUUGAAUUGAUAAAAAAUACUGCUUUGGAUUCAAGCAUGAUUGUCUCUCUAUUAAAGUUUAAAAAGAGAAUUGACAAGGUCCUCAGAGGCUGUUUUAAUGACGAUAUCUCAUUUGCAAAUGCAUCUAAAGAAGGAUUUGAAUUCUUUAUUAACACACGAGGCAAUAAGCCAGCCGAAUUACUUGCCAAAUUUAUUGAUUCAAGACUCAAGGUCUCUACUAAAAAGCAGCGUGAUGUUGAUCUCAGUGCGCUUGACAAUGCGCUUGUCUUGUUUCGAUACAUUCAAGGAAAAGAUGCUUUUGAAGCUUAUUAUAAGCGAUUUUUGGCUAAGCGUCUUUUGCUGGACCGUAGUUCUUCCAAGGACCUAGAAAAUCAUGUACUGGAGCAACUGAAGCAUGAAUGUGGUCAUGACUUUACAAAGAAUUUUGAAAACAUGUUUAAUGAUAUUCAAGUCUCUGCUGAUUUAGGCAUUUCUUUUAAAGAGUUCGAAAAGGAUCAUCCCCGUAUGCCAGUUUCUGUCAAGGUCAUUGCUCAAGCGACUUGGCCUACUUACCCAACAUCAGAUAUCCAAUUGACUUCAGAGAUGUUGGCAACUCAAAGGUUGUAUGAAAAGUUUUAUGGGUCCAAAUUUAAGGGACGAAAGCUCAUCUGGCAAAAUGCAUUAUCCUCUUGUUCUCUCAUGGCACAUUACCCUAAAGGCGCAAAAGAACUUAUAGUCAGUUUAUCUCAGGCAGUUAUCUUGUUGCUUUUUAACAACACACAUAAAGUAAGUCUCUCAUUUACAGAGAUCCAAAAUGCCCUUAACUUGGAUCAAAAAGACGCUGUGGGAUUACUUUCAUCACUUUCUACGGGCAACUAUAAACUUAUUAUAAACGAAUCUGGCAACAAAAACAUAUCAGCAAUAGACAAGUUUAGCUUUAAUACGGAAUUUGAGUCUGAAAACGUAAAAGUGCGAGUACCUCCAGCUGUAACAGAACAAGCGACAGAAGAAACGAAAGAUGUAGAGCAAAAAGUGCAUUUCAAUAGACAGCAUCAAUUAGAAGCAGCCAUUGUUCGUAUUAUGAAGGCCAAAAAGACAAUGGAUCAUAAUGCACUUGUGAAUGAACUCUUUACUGAACUCAAAUAUCCUUUAGAGGCAAACGCCGUAAAGAUAAGAAUUGAGUCAUUGAUUGAUAGAGACUAUUUGGCAAGAGACGCAAACGAUAAUACAGUGUAUAUAUAUCAAAGAGAUCAGGUUUACUUUCUUUGUUACCAUGAGUGGACAAAAGUUAACUACUGCGAUGAAUACGAUGUAUGGCCACUUAUUGCGGAUGACUUGUCUUCUCAGCUUCCGCUUCGAAACUUGAAAUGGCAACCUUCCAGUCAAAGAGCAGAGUGUGUCAUCCCUAUUCUCGAAGUAGAUCUCAAGCGCUUUACAAUAGACUAUACUCCCCCUUUGUUAUCAGAUACGCAAACAACCUACUUGAACCUUUAUUUUGUCGCGUGCGACGAUAAUGAAGACUACAAAACGCGUGUACGCAAGAAUAUUCGCAACUGGGUAGAGACUAUCCAGACUAAAAAGAACCAAGAAUGGCUCGUAGUCUACGUGGCAGGUACAGAAUCUAAGCGUAGUACGACUUAUUUGGGCUUAAAAUCAUCUGUGUACGACAAAAUUAAGACUGAUUUUAAUCCACCUAAACAAGACAGAUGUGCUUAUAUUCGUAAAAAAGAUCCAGAAGGUCCACAGUCUGAAUUAUGGAGCAAUUUCAUUGAAAAGAUCAAAGAAUGUAUAUUAUCAAGUUUUGAUAUGCAAGUGCUUCAAAUCCAAGAAGACACAAGGAGAUUGGACAUGCAGAGACAUAUGCCUGGAUGGAAUUACUGUACAUUCUUCAUUUUAAAAGAAGGACUAGCACAAGCAUUUGAGAUCAUGACAUUGUAUGAAGAUGCAUUAAUUCAAUACGAUGAACUUGAAGCAUCCUUUUUCCAAGUAUUGAGAGACAAAGCAUUAGCUUGGUUUGGUCAUUUUGGUGGUACUGAUCUAGGAGAUGAUAGUGGCAACAUUCUCGAUUUUAAGCGCAAAAACUAUCGCGAUUUGAUUAACAAGAACAUUAUCUCAGUAUUUGAUUUUAGAAGCUACUUAUUUGCUCGUCAAUGUCGUAUGUUAUUGAAGCUGCAGCGUGUGAUUGAAGUGACAGCUCGAGCACAGCUUUUUAUCACCAAUUUCAUACCAGCCAUUCGAGAAAAUGAAGAACUUUUGUCCGAAAAUUUUGUAGAGUCUUGGGUCUUUUCAGCUUGCAUGAAUGUAGUGAACGAGUGCGAACCUUUAUCAUCUCAGCUGAUUGGCAGCAAUACAGACCUUGUUGUUCCUUAUAAUGCUGUAAAGGCUGAUUUAUUAUUGACAGCAAGACGCCAGUUAGAUAAAAUUGGUGUCAAAUGUGGACAUCUGCCCAUGACGGAUCCCUUUUCGAUCUACAUUAAUCACACAUCCACCAAAACAGAAGAGAACAAGAAACCAAUGACAAAUACCAAAUUACUGGAGGCAGUUGAGUCAGUAGAGGCAUUUGACAAGACCUAUAUGGGUCUAAGUACACGGGCCAUCAAGAGUUAUGAUGCUAGUUUUAGAUCCAAGGCAGCAUUGAAUGUACAUGGAGAUAUUGCAGCAUUGAAAUAUAUUCGAGAAAAAUAUGAAGAAGCUGUUCGUAUUUAUGAAUCCAUGAUUUGGAGAUAUGGAGAACAAGAAUGGUGUUCAAUUGAAAACAGCUUGUUAACCAAGUGCGCUGAUUCACAACAACGAUUAGGCAGAUAUGAUCAAUAUGUUGAAUCGCUUUUGGCAUUGCUCAAGAAUGCCAAAUAUUUAAAUGAUCAAGAUGCUACGCACUAUACAAAUGAAAUGAUCACCAAUGUAGUCAAAUUAGACAAGGAGAUCAAACGACCUUUUUCACCCAUUUUUUCAGUCUCUGUGAUUUCAGUUAUUGAUGAUAGUACUCUGGUUGAGAGCACAAGUGUUGAAGUCUGCGUUGACAAUCAUUUACCCAAGCAAAUUCAUUAUGACUCCAUUUCUUUGAAACUUGUCGGAAGUGAUCCUGAGCAAAUUUGGUUUACAAUCAAUGACCGGGACUUGAUGCCUGGCAAGAAUACAUUUUUAUUGACCAGUUUGACUUCAACAUCAGGAAACUAUGUUGUGGAAACAUGCGAAAUGAAGUUGGGAAAGCUUGUGUUUAGUCACAACUUUUUAAGACCAGGACAAAAGAAGCGUGUUGUCAGAUUGAAUCAUGAUAUAAAGCGAUUGUAUGCCUCUGUUUCUCAACCAGAUGAAAUUUGUUUGGGAGAAAAACAAAGAUUAUCUAUCAAGGUAGAAAGUCGAUCGUACGAUUCAAAAAGUGGUGUUUUACUGCUGGAAUCACAGACGGAGGGCAUGGAAAUCACUAAAGUGCCUCAAGUAUCAGCUAUUGUGAUACGCGAUCAACAAGAAGAACAAAUUGAAUUGAAUAUGUCAGAAAAUGGAGAAAUUGCUUUACCAGACCUUGCUCCUCAUGAACAAAUUGAAUUGUUUGCUGUAUAUGAAGGUCCUUAUACAGAGUUUGAUUAUAGAAUAAAGACAACCAUCACUUACAAGAUAGAUGAAACAAGUCAUAAAUUUGUAUCUUCAGAUUAUGUCAAAGUGACAGUGCCCUUAUUGGUGACUGAAUCAACCAUUUUCAGAGAAUCAUGUGUGUUCCUCAAAGUGGAGCUUUCUUGUAAUGGUGACUUGCCAGUACGUAUUCUUGGGUCAAGCGCCAAACCCUCUACCUACUAUUUAGUUGAAAGUCAGUCUGAAAUGAAGCAAUGCGAUGUGACCUUAUUCCCCAGACAAAAUGUGUCGUUUAUUUACAAGCUGGUAAAAAGAGAAGGCGAAAUAGACAAAGCAGAUAUAAAUGUAAACUCAAAAAUACACUUUAAUGUUCGAUACCGAUCUCUUAAAGAUGAAGUGGAAACCAGCCUACAAAUUAUGAUGCAAGAAAAACUAAAAGAAUUAAGGUUGGACCAACACUUGCAUUAUGUAUUCCAAAAGGUCAAGGAAGCAUUUUUGGGUUCUGUAGACUACUCGAGCUAUGGACUAACUGAUGUUGUUCAUUUGGACGACUUUGAUGCAGAAUUAUGUGAAUCUUUCUUGCUGCAUAGAGACCUAAAGACAAAGGUUCAAUUAUUGGAUUUGAUUGAAGAGUUCUUUGAGCAAAACGAAGCCAUUACUGUUAGACAAAUUAAACAAAAAUGCCCUCAUCCUCGUAUUCAUUCUAUAGCAUUCCCUCUUGAAGUUCCUACUACCAAGAUAACACAUACGGCAGAGCUAAGCUUGUCUGUUGAAAAAGACUUACUUGUAUCAGAACCAUGUCCAUGUAUCUUGCGUAUCAAGCAACUUACUUAUUGGAGCCCUGACAAUAUGAAGUCAAAUGACGAGUUCUAUUAUGAUAUUGAUGUGGACUAUGAUAACUGGCUUUUGUCUGGCAAAAGACGAUUACGCUUUGUUUCAAAGCCUGACGAAGUCAUGGAAUUCCGUAUCAGUCUUGUACCUUUAAAGACAGGUAACUUGUUAUUGCCUUCUGUGCGCGUAUCGGCUGUUUCGCCAGAGAUAUUUGCAUCAACUGUCUAUACGAAUAGCGCACAACAAAUCCUUGUCAAACCAAAAUCGAAAACGGCUACUUUUUUUGUAGAGCAACAGAGCCGUUUUAUUCAACCCAAUCAAUCACCUUAUGCUACUAAUCCAUUAUCAAUCGCAAUAGAAAGUAAUAGAGGAAGUUCAGGCAGUAGCAUAAGAAGUGGUAUCGAAACAGCAUUCUAAUAAAACAUAUAUAUCUAAAUAAAAUGAAAUGCACUAGCAGUAGAUGAAGUAAGUGAAUCUCUGUCACAAACUAAAGUGCGCCCAAU